UUACUUAUCGCCGUCCGUUGUCCUUAUCCUCAAGGCAGUGGUACUGCGUUACGUAUCGCCGUCCAGUCCAUGCCCGGUCAACUACUGCGUUACGUAUCGCCGUCCAGUAGUAACCCGACCAUCUACCGCGUCCAGUAGUGGCCCAACCGCCCGAAGGUUCCAUUAUCAUCAUCCAUACAUCAUAAACACACACAUACAUAGCACAACGCGUGCCUCCACCUUAAGUAGGCGGUGGGAUGCCUCACACACACAAUCGCGCUUACUUGAAAAUUAAAUAACAUAACUGAAUUAAAAAGACAUAAAAUAAAAGACCUCGACGGAGAUUUUACCCCCUUUACACUCACCUCGAAAAGACGACUCUUCUUAAUCGACGGUUGACCCACGUCAUCCUCCGAAACUCCACGCUCCAACUCCUCGUGCUUCACUUCCUUUUGCAUUUCCUCCUAUUAGAUAUUUAGGCAAAACUUAACUCACUUAUCUCUAAGCGUAACUAACCAAACGACCUUCAAUUUGGUUAAUUUAAAUCCCAAUUUCCUCCAUUUAAUCUUUUCUAAGAUUCCCCAUAACAUUCUGGAAAAUUGCCUUUUUGCCCCAAAAUGGCAAAUUACCAAAUGGUACGCGAAAUUCCCAGGUUUUACAAUUCGGCCCCAAAUUUCCUGAAUUUCACCAUUCAGCCCUCCAGGCCACUUCCCACUUUCUGAUUUAAACACUUAAGUCCAAAAGGCUUAUUUCCUGGUGUUGUUGGGGAAUACGAGUGGGUGGAGGUAAAUGAUGAUUAUUAUAAUAACAAAUCCUAAUAAUGUGUUGCUGUUACUGAUGGGGAAUUGGCGGGUAAUGGUGAUUAUUGAGGUGAUGAUGAUAAUAACAACGAUAACAUUAGUUAUUAAUGUUAUUAUUAUUAUUUCUAAUUUAGGGUAUUCAUCCUUCGUACGUAAACGCCGAUCCAACCGAUCACGUAUUAUGGUCAAACCAUAACCCAAAAUUCGGGGUGUUACAUAGCUCUUACACCCUCUAUUUAUAGAGGUCACAAAAAACAUAAAUCUAACAUUCUAGGAAUAGGAAAACAAAUCCCAGACUAAGUAGUAACGUUGCACCGAAUCUAGUGGAUGGGGAGCUUGUUAUUCCUCGGGCGGUUCGCGACAAGGGAGCAGUCAGAUGGCGAAAAGCGUUGGUAGGGCAGUUCCUCACGGCGGCGCCUCCGAUUGCUGUGAUUCGUCGAUGGGCUCAGCGAUACUGGGGACGAGAUGGACGAGUGUUUUUUCAGCAUUUGGUUCCAAUAUGUUCUUGUUUCAAUUUGAGAGUGAAGAGUCGAGUAGGUGGGUGUUUGAGAAUGGCCCUUGGCAUUGUGAGAACGUGCCCUUGUUUCUUCGCAAAUGGGUACUAGGGAUUCAAUCAGUUAAGAUGGACUAUACUAAGUUGCCGAUUUGGGUGCGCAUUCGAGAGUUGCCGCCGGAGUACAUGACAGUGGAAUGAUUGAAUAUGGGUUGCGAGCUUGCUGGGUACACCGUUGUGGAUGGACCAUGCAACCAAGCUUGGAGCUCAGAUGGGUACGACUAAGAUGUGUAUUGAGAAUGCUACUGAUUCGCUUUUUUCCCAAUUGAAAUCUGGAUUCGUCCGGAGGGGGAGGAGAGGAUGCAUUUAUUUGUUCAUCAUCUCAGUCUUCCACCUCGUUGUGAGCAGUGUGCGCAAUUUGGUCAUGUUAUUGGGGAGGUCCUAGAAUGUGGGAAGUCUGUUGCUACUCAAUUGGUUGUGGUUGAGGAAGAGGUUGUUGUUAAGGAAGAUUCCAUUGAUAAGGGUAAGGCAGUAGAGGAUUUGGAGAGAGUGUAGUCAGAUGAAGGGGGUUCUGGUUCUAGGGGUUCUAAUGUUUUGGAUAUUCAACGGAUUGUGGGGGAUGAUGUUGUUGCCAGCUCUUCUACACCCCUAAGGGAGGGUCUGAUAGAUGAAUAUGGGUUUUAGCUGGUGGUGCAUAAGGGGAAGAAUGUGUAUGGUCGUGAUCAAAGUGGUAAUGUUAGAAUUCCAGCCUCGGCGGUUAUUUCUCGUGUCCCGUUAAAUCCAAAGAGUAUAGAGCUUGUGAUUCCUGCCUUUCCAAAGAAGGGUGGGAAGAAUAGGAGGAAGAAAUGAAGUUUCUCUGCUGGAAUCUCAGGGGGUUCAAUGCCCCUGAGAAACAUAGAUAUGUAAAUAAAAAGGUAUUGAAGUUGCAGGUAGAGUUUUUUGCUAUUUUAGAAACAAGAGUAUUAAAGCAUAAUGCGGCAGAUAUAAGGAAUAAGCAUUUUAGUAGUUGGAAGUAGUUAGAUAAUUAUAAGUAUUCACCUUCUGGUCGUGUUUGGCUGUUCUGGAAACCUCAUUUGGUUGUUAGUGAAGUUGGAAUGGGGGAGCAUUAUAUUAGUGUUCGUUUUCAGUCUGGCACAUAAUCUUGUCUUGUUACUGCAAUUUAUAGCCCGAAUAAAGUGCAGGAUAGGGCAAGGUUGUAUGUUGAGUUGCGGCAGCUGGGGUUAACAAGUGAGCCUGGAGUUUGGAUGGGAGAUUUCAAUGCUAAUGUUGAGGAUAGUGAAGCCUCAAAUCGGCCUGGUUUUAAUCAGAGUAUGGAGGAUUUUCGUUGCUGGAUACAGGAUAUGAAGCUUACAGAUCAUAGAACUUUUGGGUCGUGGUAUACUUGGUGGAACAAACAAGUUAACAAUCCUAUUGCAAGGAGGAUUGAUAGGGCCCUGGUUACUGAGAAGUGGCUGGAUAGAUUCCCAAAUAGUUUAGUGCAGACCCUUGCCCCCUAGGUUGUCAGAUCAUUGUGGAUUACUUGUGCAGACUGACUCUAGGGUUAGUUCACUGCCAAAACCUUUCAAGCUCUUUCUGUUUUGGAGGCAAUGCCCUCAAUAUGAAGAGUUGUUGAAGGAGGCAUGGCAGCUAGAGACUACUGGAGAGACAUAUCGCAUUUUAUAUAGGAAACUCGGUGAGCUUAAGCGCAGUCUUAAGGAUUUGAAUAAGACUGUCUACUCUGAUCUGUCUGUUCGAACAAGGGAAGCAGAAGUAGUGUUUGAGGGGUUGCAGAGUAAUAUGCUCUCUGCUCCAUCUGACGCUAACACGCAAGCUAUAAUGGAACAGGAAAGGAAGUGUAGGGAUCUCUAGAGUGCUGAAGAAUCUUUUUAUAGCAAAAGUCGAGGGUCCAAUAGAUCACUAAAGGAGAUGCAAAUACUGGAUUUUUUCAUGGUAUGGUUAAGGCUAGGAAUCAUAAACUGACUAUUCAGAAGUCGAUCAUAGACGCUGGGGAAGAAGUAACUGAUGUGAAGAAAAUGAGUAAGGUUGC